CUCUGUCUGUGUGACGCUAACUACAUAAGAGCACGUUCCCUUGCACACCCAGCAGAAUCAAAGGGAACAGCAGCAAACUAAAGACAUCCUAUCUCCUUCAGAGUUUUGGUUUGAUUCCACUCUGCACCUCCAGGAACUCUUCACAGAGCCACGACCACACACACCCAGCCAUGCGGUUCAACGUAAUGUUCAUUCUAAUCCUAGCCUGUCUAUGCGUCACGCUGGCCCAAGGUUCCUAUGAAGACUGCUGUCUGAAGUACGUGCGGAGGGUGAAGAAGACCGCUGUGAGGAUGGUGACGAGUUACAGGAGGCAAGAGACGGACGGGGGCUGUAACAUCCACGCUAUAGUGUUCACCAUGAAGAGAGGCAGGUUGUUCUGUGCUGACCCCAGAGAGAAGUGGGUGAAUGAACUGAUGCUGAAGGUUGAAACCAAGAAGAGUAAAAAGCACAUGAAGGGGCUAAAGAAGCGAGGAGGCUAGAAGCUUUCGAGACCGUGUCGUCUAUAACCAUUUACUCUGCCAUCCUGCCGUGACAAGUCCUAUUGUAAAAUCAGUACGAUUUUCGAUGAUGUCUGGUCACUGGAGGGACAUUUUUGCUUUUCUACUGCAGAAGGCAUCUGCUGCUUUAACAGAGAUCUAACUGGAAAUGUUGCAUACUUUCUGCUACUGUGCAGUUCUGCUAUUCCUUUAACAGACACCCGUACCUGUUGAAGUCAGCCCAGCCAUUCUGUAUGGCUGCAUUUUACUGUACAGCAAUCCUGUCGGAACCUGUGUGUGUGUGUGUGUGUGUGUGUGUGUGUGUGUGUGUGUGUGUGUGUGUGUGUGUGUGUGUGUGUGUGUGUGUGUGUGUGUGUGUGUGUGUGUGUGUGUUUGUAUGUGUGUGUUUGUGUGUGUGUGUGUGUGUGUGUGUGUGUGUGUGUGUGUGUGUGUGUGUGUGUGUGUGUGUGUGUGUGUGUGUGUGUGUGUGUGUGUGUGUGUGUGUGUGUGUGUGUGUGUGUGUGUGUGUGUGUGUGUGUGUGUUUGUGAGUGUGUGAGUGUGUGAGAGUGUGAGUGUGUGAGCGUGUGAGCGUGUGAGCGUGUGUGCGUGUGUGUGUGUGUGUGUGCGAGUGUGUGAGUGUGUGUUUGUACAGUUUUUUGUGUGUAGCAUAAAACCAGUGAUGUUAAAAGUACCCAAUUGCCAUAGUUGAGUAAAGUAAAGAUACCUUAAUAGAAAAUGACUCAAGUAAAAGUGAAAGUCACCCAGUAAAAUACUACUUGAGUAAAAAUCUAAAAGUAUUUGGUUUUGAAAUAUACUUAAGUAAAUGUCAUUACUAAAAUAUACUUAAGUAUCAAAAGUAAAAUAAAAAAAAAAAAUAAAAAAAAUCCUUAUAUAAACAACCGGACGGCACCGAUUAAUUAUUUAUUUUAUAUAUGGAAAGCCAGGGGCACACUCCAACACUCAGACAUCAUUUACAAGCAAAGCAUGUGUGUUUAGUGAGUCCAUCAGAUCAGAGGCAGUAGGGAUGACCAGGGAUGUUCUCUUGAUAAGGGUGUGAAUUAGACCAUUUUCCUGUCCUGCUAAUAAGCAUUUAAAAUUUACUUUUGGUUGUCAGGGAAAAUGUAAGGAGUAAAAAGUACUUUUCUUUUUUCAGGAAUGUAGUGAAGUUAAAGUAAAACUUGUCAAAAAUAUGAAAAGCAAAGUAAAGAUACUCACAAAAGUAUUUCUACUUAAGUAUUUUUUUUACACCACUGCAUAAAAUCUGGUAUUGCAUUUCACUGUAAUGUCUACUACACCUGUUGUAUUUGGUGCAUGUGACAAAUACAAUUGGAGUUGAUUUUGUAUUGAACAUAGCGCCACCAACCAUUGCGCCACCAAGUAAAAGUGCCUACAAUUUUUUUUGAAUGAAAUCUCUUUGCAUUUGUGUAUUCUUUGUAUGUUUUGAGACUGUAGAUUUUUUUUGUCAAAUGUAUAUUUUUCUCGCUUGUUAUAUUGGUUUUCACUAACAAAUACUAAUAAAGUUGUGUACUGCGUUUCA